AUGCUAUCACCACCACCAGCAGGACGAGAGCGUCGGCAGUUGCCGUACGAAGCACUCGAUCCGGAAUGGGAAGCGCAGGAAUUCCAAAAGUUUCAAGAUGUAACUAAUACUACUACUCGACAAGAAGUUCCAUAUGGUGCGUAUCUAUUUGGGCGAUUAAUGCAGUCGGGUUUGCAUCAAAGUUGUCGGCCGGCGCUACCCCCGGAUGUCUCCAAGCUCCAUGGUUUUACUAUCGAGGGCAUGUGCAUCUUACAGGUAGUGGACGUAGCGAAUAUUAGUGCCAAUUACGAACAUCGCACGGAGUUUUCGGCUGCUGGACCAGCACGUACACUUAAACUGGGGCUUACAGACGGCCAUCAAUUGGUGUUUGGCUUUGAAUUUACUCCACUACCGCAAUUUAGUGUCAACAUGCGCCGUGGCACCAAAGUUGUGAUGGAAAACGUACCUGUAAGGCACGGAUUGCUCCUGCUGGCACCUGACAAUUGCCAGCUACUAGAGGCAUCGUCCAACCACUCGCGACGUGAUAAUGGAGAAAUGCAACAAUCAGCAGACUUGAUCGGAGUGGGUACGGGAGCAUACUCCGCUGCCCUGGUGACUUCGCAGUUUCACACUUCACAACAGCAAUUGCUUGCAAGUCCACCGGCAAGCACGCAGCAGCCUGUUGUUUUGUCUUUGGCGACGACUAGCGCAUCCGACAGUACUUCUUGGGCACAAGUUAAAAGUAAAGAUGCAGCCUCGUUGUCACGCGUAGAGCCUGCGCGGAGCACGAGCAACGUAGCUGCCAGCACUGUUCCGAGUGCUUCCGUUCCGGCAGUGUUUGUAGAUGUACCUCCAUCGGACGAAGACUUGGACAGCGAUACGACCGAUCCAAUGGUGGAGCACCUUUUCUACAGCCCAAAGACUCCUCGGUACCCAGCUAGUCUUGAUGGUAUAAAGACUGCACAAGCUGAUAUCGAAGAGGUUCCCAUCAGGAAGCGGCCUCGUUCGCCGCCAGUGGAGCAAGAAGCGGGAGUUAGGCCUCCAUUACAGCAGAAUUUGACACGACUAGUGGGCGCAAUGGUCGGUGUACCCGCACAUGCGUCGAGCUCCUCGCUGCUGGAUCAAGCUACAAUGGCAGGUGCCACAUGUGCACCGCCAAAUCCAACGCUCCCGUUUCAGUAUUUUGAAGCAAGAUUGUCCACGCUGUCCAAACCGGUACAGUCGACUUCAUUCCAGGUUCGUGCGUGCAUCAAGUCUGUCGUAGGCUUUCAAUACAACACUGGUCGAUACCAGCUUCGAGUUUCUGUUGAGGACUGCACUGCAACGAAGGAAGCGGACGUGGCUGACGAUUUUGUAACGCGACUCAUGGGUGUACCGUGCUCUGUAUUUAUGGAAACCAUGCAAACGAAAAUGCAAAUUGCGCACGGAUGGGCGGCUACUAUGCAGUUUGCACUCAUGAACCUCGAAGGAGUCAUGACGUUUGCGUCUAGUGGAGCGACAUCCUCGCCAGAACCAUCGCCGCUUUUGCUAGUAGACUGCCGUGAUUUUGAGUUGUCUGAUACUCGCGCGCUGCUGCAGCGAGUGAAAGCUGCGCUGUCUUACACACCUCGGUAA